AUGUCCAGAGCGGAAUUUUCAGCAUUUGAACUUGAUGAUUCUUUCAGACGAUUCUCAACAACUGUCUACAAAAAGACGAACACAAACAAACACUCAAAGCACCUCAAGAGACUAGAUCAAAAGCAACCAGUCCUCGUCAUCCGACGAGUCAUGGGCAGUAAUGGCCGACACACAAAGACUGAAAUUGACAUCCGAGGUCAAGAACUUUGCGAGGUACUCAUGAAGAUACAUCAAGGUGUGGAGGGUUUAGAUCUCUUGCGAAGUCCCCCCGUCUGUGACCUGAAGCUGCUUUUUUUCUCUUUCAACGAGCUCAAGGAACAACUAGAAUUGGAGAAGUCGAAAAGCACGCCAAACACUCUGCUAAUUUCUGAAAUCGAAGUGGCCCUUCACUUUAUCUGGGAAGAACACAAAACCACCUUCGCCGACUAUCAGUCAUUGACGAGACACGGGUCCAUCACCUUUGAUUUGCUUUGGACAUUGUUUCGUCAUGGCACCCUAGUCUUCAACCGCCACGAGUUCACUGAGCAGGAUCACAUUCUCCGAACUACGCGCUUUGAGAUCAUGAAAACAAAUGAAGGAAUCUUUGCUGCAAUCCAUUGUCAUGUGAUCACUGACAAUGGCAAGCAUUUUGGAAUUGCUAACCAAAGGUUUCUGAUCCCGUCGUUCGAAGGAGAGCGAAAGAUACAAAGCCUGUCUAUUUUUCCUCUCUCCAUCCACUCAAAUGAAUGCGAGAUUCGCAAAUUUGCUGCCAAACGAGGUCGCAAAUUUGCAAGCUUGCAAUGCCAAACUUAUGGUGAGAUUUCCGGGAUGGCUGCCUGUGUCAACGACCAUUCCAUGGACAACCAUAGGGACCUUCGAAAGUGCAAGGCGCACGGGCGCGUCAUGAUCGAUCCUUGCGCAUUUCGUACGGUUCGGCCUGACUCUAGUCUCAAUGUCCCGGUUUCUACCCCGUUGAAGCGAGCAGAACUUGAGGAAGAGCAAUACAUGAUCUGCACUCCUGUUGUUAUAGGCUUUUGCUUCGCAACAAAGCAGUGGGGUGGAUUUGCUCUUGACUGCCUGCGGGACGUGUCCUGGUCAUCUGACCCUUUCAGUUAUCUGGUCCUGGACGACGAACACAAGAAAUUGAUUCGUGCAUUAGUGGAGCAGCACGCGCGUGGGUCAACCUUUCAUGACUUCGUGCGAGGAACAGGUCUUGUCGGAUUGCUUGCAGGGCCACCUGGAUGUGGCAAGACACUUACAGUGGAAGCAGCGGCAGAGGUGGUAAAGCGUCCCUUGUAUUGUAUUUCAGCGGGCGAAUUGGGAUCCAGCCCUCAGGGUAUAGACAACGCUCUGACUCAGAUUUUGGAACUUGCUCAGCGCUGGAAAGCAGUCGUUCUUCUUGACGAGGCAGAUGUUUUUCUGUCACAAAGGAUGGAGACUGAUGUGCCAGAGCGGAAUGCCAUAGUAUCUAUUUUUCUACGGCAGCUGGAAUACUAUCAGGGGAUCAUGUUUUUGACGACCAACCUUAUCUCACGGUGUGAUGCUGCAUUCGAGAGUCGAAUCCACUUCACGGUGCACUACCCACCGCUGUCUGAUGUCUCGCGGAGGCAGAUCUGGAAAACGUUCAUUGAUAAGACACCGAAUGCCUGCCAGUCCUUGGUCAGCGAGGCUGAAAUCGAUGCCUUGGCCAAGGAAACGCUCAACGGCCGUCAGGUAUGUUGA